AUGCAGGAGGUAAUGGAAAAAUGGUUUCAAGAAGCGUCGUCCGAGCAAUGUGAUGCCAUGCUAGCCCUUCAGCUGGACUACAGGUUUGAGGGUGACGUCUUUGCUUCCUUGUGGUGGUCACAUUUUCAAAAAAUAGGCUUCCGACAUACAGGAACCUCGUAUGAAGUGCCAGCCUCUUUUCCAUACUCUCAGAAGGAAUACGUAGCAAACGAGAUGUACUGUAUACUGGAUAAUCUUGCAGUUCCACAACUGGUCAGUUCCUUUCAGCACGAUAAUGGCAACCGUUCCUCAGUGCUGCUACCAAUAAACUUGGAAAAGAUGUCAUUGGAAGAAAUGGAUUGGUGGAAACGGAUACGAAGGCAAUUAAUCUUUGCAAAGUUCCAUUCGAAUAUUGACAAGCAAUACAAGAACCAACAAUCUGACGAAGGCGAAGAAAUGGGGGACGAUGGCCAACCGAUCGCAUCCAGACGGAGGACUAGGUCGGCCAAUCGGCGAAGUGGGCCAUCAGGUGACACGAAUCCCAAAGGUAACUGCAGACGAUCCUUCGUCACAGAUGCUGGAGCUGAUCUCUACAUUCGUAAAAAGAAACGAGCUAAGACCAAGGGCAAGGGAAAGUCAAAAUCUACCUCGGAACGAGAUGAUGAGCCGGUAUUUCCUACGAUAGAUCAAUAUAUUGUGUAUGCCAAAGACUACCACAAUGCUGAUUUGGAGGUUGUGGAAGAAUCAAUAGCCCAAACCUUUGACGAAUGGCGUUUCUUGCUUUCGACGAAUCAAUCAUUGCUGUUGUAUGGAGUUGGGUCUAAACGGUCACUUUUGAACAAAUUCAUUUCAGUGCAGUUGCAACAAGAUGGGGAUGUCAUUGAGAUUAAUGGUUUUGACUAUUCCGUCACUAUUGAAGGCGUUUUGGACUUGCUUGUCCGUCUGUUGCUCAAAAAUCAUGAACCACGGCUUGAUCUUCACGACAUAUCCUUGUUUAAGAACAAUGGUGGUAUCACCAAUGGCCUUACAUAUGCCAGACAAGGAGAUGCAGUGAUAGUCCAACGGGCGAUAGCUAUUGGGAAAGCAUUGUCGCGUCGGGUAGUCGAUACCUUAAAACCAAUAUAUUUGGUGGUCCACAGUAUUGAUGGUGUAGGAUUACGGAAUUCUACAGCACAGGAAGCCUUGGCUGCUCUUGUAUACCACAGUCGAACGUUUGAGUUUGGUCAAAAUGCUGUACGCCUUGCCGCUAGUGUCGAUCAUAUCAACGGCCCAAUGAUGUUAUGGGACCCAACACUUCAAGCGACUUUCCAAUGGGCUCGACGGCGUACUCCCACGCUCCGUCCAUACACCAACGAAAUAGUUAAAAAUGAUCUGUACGACAAUCAAAGGGCGACUAAGGGGGGCAAGAAUGGUGCCAAGACAGUUCUGGAAUUGGAGCAACAGCAACUGCUGCAAAAGACAGAUGUCGAGUCGAUCUUUGACAUUCUCGCAUCUUUUGCACCACGACUCACCCAAUCCUUGCAGCUACUAAUCCAGCUACAACUGGAGAAAAAAGUGGAUUGGAUUGGAUACACAGAUCUGUUUGAACAGUGCAAGCAGAGUUUCACUGUCAGUAGUGAUCACCAACUACGGAAUUGGAUGGGGGAAUUGAUCGACCACAAUGUGGUCGUUGUGGACAAUAGCCAGAGGCCUCCUAGGUAUAGGGUGCCAUAUUCAACUACAGCUCUGCGUAAAAUCCUCAAGUUCAAGCAUAAAAAGCAUCAACUAGGGUAG